AUGCCCAACUGCUUUAAAAAGACUAUAUUUGCCUUGGCUUCUGCAUUGAGUUUUGUGUCUUUUCUCUUGAUUGUCAUUGCUAUGGGGAUGCAAAAAUGGAUGACUGGCAAAAUCCUUUGUAAAACAGGAGCUGAUUUGGUCAAUGCCACUGAUCCAGAGCUAGUCAAGUUCAUUGGAGAUAUUUACUAUGGACUUUUUCGUGGAGGCAAACUACGACAGUGUGGUUUGGGUGGGCGACGUUCCAAAUUCACAAUCUUCCCUCAUCUGGUGAAAAAGUUGAAUGCAGGCCUUCAUAUGAUGAUUUUAAUCUUCCUUUGUAUGGCCAUUUCCUUUGCUCUGGUCAGUUUUGGAUUCUGCAUUCUCAAUGCAAUAAAAGUUCCAUACCGAGCUAUUAAAGGUCCCGCAGGUAUAUACCUAUGGAAUUUACUCGCAGGAGGCUUUACAGCAUUGGCUGUCGCUAGCUUUAUAGCUGCUGUUAAACUUCAUCGCCUCACAGAAAGAAUUGCCAAUUUCCAAGAAAACAUCUUUCAGUUUGUAAUUUUGGAAGAACAGUAUGAAAGCUCUAUUUGGCUUUGUGUAGCUAGUGCUACAUCUCACGUAGUAAAUUUGUUGCUAAUAGCCAUAAGUGGAAUGCACCUCCCUGAAUUCAAAACUAAAACAGAAGAGGCAACAGUUACAGCAGAAGAUAUUAUGUACUGAUAACCCUUACCUACCUAACACUCGUUCUAUGAACUGAACUCAUGAUUAAAAGAGGUCCUUGGUUCUACAACUCUAGAACUGGAUGGAGUUUUACUGUCCAUGACAGCAACAAACUGCCACUUGCAGAAAUACAGAGUAUUUUAGAAAGUAGUUGUCAGUACUAGCAAUUAAUAUUCACUGCAUGGAAGGGAAACUAUGGAAACUUCACAAUUGAAAAACAAGCA